AAGUAUCAGUCCCACCCCCUCGCAGAUAUGACCGCUUUACCCUGAAGUGGAGAUGAGGGCCACGCACUUGGGGAACUGAAUUAAAUGUCUCCAGGAAUCUCGUGUGAGCGACAGAGUUGAGCAGGAAGCCUGGACUGCUGACGCGGCAGGACCCCCGAGCGCACCACCCCCCUAGUCUAGGGAGGGGCCGGGGAAUCGCGUUCCCGGGGCAAUGCUCGCGUCCGCCGGAACCCCCCAGGGGGCGCUCGUGCGGAGGUUUCCGAACUCGUGUCUCGCGGGUUGCUGGGCGCAUGGGUUUCGUCAGAAGGUGGAAAUCUUUCUGAGAAGCUGCCAUCUCCCCGUCACCCGCUCGCCUCCCCUUCUGUUCCUUCCUCCCUGGCUCCUCUUCGCUCUCUCUCUUUUCCCGGUGCUUUCCACUUUACUCUGAGUUAACUGAGAGCCGCGCUGCUACCCCCAAUAUUUUCACCUUUCCCCAGCCCCCAUCACCAAGAAUGGAGUCAGGGUUUCCGGAGAGACCAAACUCUCCUCCCAGCAUCUUUUCCAUCUGCUGCUGUUAAACUGGCCUCAGAGGACGAGGGGGGGAGGGAAGUCGGAUACCCCCGUAUACUCCACUACACAACUACACCACCAACCGUCUCCACUUCAAAGCCGGAUUUUGCAUUUUGGGGGCGGGACAGACCUCGUCCCGGGCUGAAUUCUCUUUCUACUCCUCGAGGCUGGCACACCCAGAAUGAAGAAGAUGAGCAACAUUUAUGAGUCUGCUGCCAAUACACUGGGAAUCUUUAACAGCCCCUGCCUGACCAAAGUUGAGCUGCGUGUGGCCUGCAAAGGCAUUUCGGACAGAGAUGCCCUUUCCAAACCAGACCCCUGUGUCAUCCUCAAGAUGCAGUCCCACGGACAGUGGUUCGAGGUUGACAGAACAGAGGUGAUUCGCACCUGCAUAAACCCAGUAUAUUCAAAACUGUUUACUGUGGACUUUUACUUUGAAGAGGUGCAACGCCUGCGGUUUGAAGUUCAUGACAUCAGCAGCAAUCACAACGGGCUGAAGGAGGCUGACUUCCUGGGCAGCAUGGAGUGCACGCUGGGCCAGAUUGUUUCCCAGAGAAAGCUGUCCAAAUCCUUGUUGAAGCACGGGAACACGGCUGGGAAAUCCUCCAUCACGGUGAUUGCUGAGGAAUUAUCUGGCAAUGACGACUAUGUUGAACUUGCAUUCAACGCACGGAAAUUGGAUGAUAAGGAUUUCUUCAGUAAAUCUGACCCAUUUCUGGAAAUCUUUCGUAUGAAUGAUGAUGCAACGCAGCAGCUCGUGCACCGAACUGAGGUUGUGAUGAAUAACUUAAGCCCAGCCUGGAAAUCAUUCAAAGUAUCGGUAAAUUCUCUCUGCAGUGGAGAUCCAGACCGCCGGCUGAAGUGCAUAGUAUGGGACUGGGAUUCCAACGGCAAACAUGACUUCAUUGGAGAAUUCACCUCGACAUUUAAGGAGAUGAGAGGGGCCAUGGAAGGGAAGCAGGUGCAAUGGGAGUGUAUCAACCCCAAGUACAAAGCCAAGAAGAAGAAUUAUAAGAAUUCAGGCAUUGUGAUUUUGAAUCAAUGCAAGAUCCACAAGAUGCAUUCUUUCUUGGACUACAUCAUGGGUGGCUGCCAAAUCCAGUUUACAGUAGCUAUAGAUUUCACUGCCUCAAAUGGGGAUCCCAGGAACAGCUGUUCCCUGCAUUACAUCCACCCAUACCAACCCAACGAGUACCUGAAAGCCUUGGUGGCUGUGGGGGAGAUUUGCCAAGACUAUGACAGUGACAAAAUGUUCCCAGCCUUUGGCUUUGGUGCCAGGAUACCCCCAGAGUACACGGUCUCUCAUGACUUCGCAAUCAACUUUAAUGAAGACAACCCAGAAUGUGCAGGAAUUCAAGGUGUGGUGGAAGCCUAUCAGAGCUGCCUUCCUAAGCUCCAACUCUACGGUCCCACCAACAUUGCCCCCAUCAUUCAGAAGGUUGCCAAGUCAGCAUCCGAGGAGACUAACACCAAGGAGGCAUCGCAAUACUUCAUCCUGUUGAUCCUGACCGACGGCGUCAUCACAGACAUGGCCGACACCCGGGAGGCCAUCGUCCACGCCUCCCACCUCCCCAUGUCUGUCAUCAUCGUGGGAGUGGGCAAUGCUGACUUCAGUGACAUGCAGAUGCUGGAUGGGGAUGACGGGAUUCUGAGGUCGCCUAAAGGAGAGCCUGUCCUUCGAGACAUUGUCCAGUUCGUGCCCUUCAGGAACUUCAAACACGCAUCUCCAGCUGCCCUGGCAAAGAGCGUGUUGGCUGAAGUCCCAAACCAAGUCGUGGACUAUUACAAUGGCAAAGGGAUUAAGCCGAAAUGCUCCUCAGAAAUGUAUGAGUCUUCCAGGACACUAGCACCGUGAAUUCCACACACUUUUACAGAGUUCUGAAAUACUAUUCCUGCUAAUAUUUAAUACUUCUACUACUCCAGUACUUAAAAAACAAAACAAAACAAACAAACAAAAAAUACACAUUUAAAAAUAGCACGUUUUGGUGAUUUUUAACUAACUGACAAUUUUUUUGCAUGUGUAGCCCUAAGGCCUGGAUCUGUUAAGCCCUUGUAUUGUUAAAGACUUUUUACAAAGAAACACAAAUAAUUAUAACAUACUCUUUGCAGCAUGUCGCCUUGAAAUAAAAUGGUAUCUGUAUCCAUUUUUUAUACAGGUUUGUUGAAAUUUUGCUAAAUUUCUUAUUAUCUUUACACUGUAACGCAUUUUGAAACAUUUAUUGAAUGUUGAUAGCCAAAACAUAUUUGGUUUUAUCUGCUGCAGGAUGAGAGACUUUUCAAAAUGGCAGAUGCAUGGACUGUAUUUUGCAUGUUUAAAAUAAAAAAAUUAAGAAAAACCACCCACACUGUUUUUGCAGUUGUUAUCUAUAAUUCAUCCCUGCUGAGAAUGGUCUCGCUACUGAAGAAGAGGUUUAUCCACCUAGAGGUAGUCUUCUUGACUUGGGUCUGGGGUACUUAGCCCAGCACCUCUCAUACUUUACUGUGUACACAAAUCACCUGAGGAUCUUAUUAAAAUUCAGACUGUGAUGCAAUAGGUCUGCACGGGCCCAAGAUUCUGCAGCUCUGACAAGGUCCCAGGUGAUGUCAAAGCAUUCCUCAGACCACACUAAGAGCACUGAGGUUCUAGACAUUAGGGUGUAAUCAUAAAGACCGUCCAAAACAGGGCAGCACGUAGUCCGCUUGAGAAUGGCACCUCCUCCCAGCCAGUAGCACAAAGGUCCUGCCUGUCUCCGAGGUGGGGAUAGAAAGUAAUGAGACUGAUUCCAGAAGCUACACAUCCCAAAUCAGUCUCAGUGCUUUAUAGUCACAUCUCUCCCUUAAACAGACAAGGGACUGCUCUUCCUGGCUGGCCCCUCACUUCUUACAGGAGGCAUCUCACACCUUGCAUGAAUGGUUCCAUGUGGAUGUCAAUCCCUAGGAAGGACCUCCAAAAGUCUUCAGAACCACAACAGUGGAGACGUCCAUGGCCAAUGGCCGUGCAGUGUGGCUCUCCAGAAAUGUGGCCCACCACGUUGUUUUUUAAGCUUAAUGUGGGGCUUCUUCCGCCUCUUUUUAUCACUCCUGAGAGCAAACUCUAUCAGAAGAAAUGCCUGGAAUCAUUGUGUUAGGUGGAAGUGUUUUGUUUCAAUAUAAACUAGCCAGUCUUGAAUGAGAAGAAUGAAUGUUUCAUGUGUAUAAUCUUCUCACAGAGAAAUUGACAGGUAUUUGCAGGCAUAAGAGACAUGAGGGGGAACUUACUUUUUGGUCAAAGGGAUGGGGAAAUAGAUCACAGGGCAAAAUAGUUCUGUUUUUUCUUGAGAGGGAGAAGUAUUAACCACCAAAUCAAACGCCUUGCAUAAUUUCCAGUGUUAUAAUUAUAGAUCCUAACUUUGCAAAUACAUGUCAGCCAAAUGCACAACAUUUUGGGAAUGAUGGUAAAAAUGUAUGACUGAAAAAAACCAUAAAUAUUUAAACUGUAUUGUUUUAUGAAUAAAUUGGGUACUUAACAGAAGUUUUUCU